CAUCAAUAAAAUAAAGCCAGGGGACCUCUUCAAAGCAGAGUCUUCACAGAGAGUUGUUCAAAUGCUACUGGAUGAAGUUUUGAAGAAAAAGCAAGAAAUUAUAAAACUACGGUCUAAUCUGUUUGAUAAGGACAUGAAUAUAUAGCCAUGGCGUGCAAAUGAACUGAGGUUUUAUGAUUCAAAGAUAACAUUGUUGGAAGAACUUAAAAACUCUUUGCAAAAAACACACACUUUUUUAAAAUAAUUACAAAUACCAAUCUUUUAAAUAGAAGGACCAAUGCCUCGGUAGAAGAAACUGCUAAAGCGAAACGCAAGAAAAGAGCUGUGAGAAAAAAUGCACAAAAAUCAGCUAAAGAGAAGGAAAAGAGGUUUAUUGCCAAGGUAGACGAAAUGCUAAAAUUGUUAACAGAUGGAAAAUUUACCCAAGCUAUGCUGAAAGAAAGGGAAGGAAUUUCAAUAAGUCUUGAAGAUAUUGACCAAAACUGCCAGUUGGUUGCCAGAUUUCAUUACGAAGCAAUGUCUUACCUGAUUAAAGAAGAUUACUUUGCAACAGAUGCCCUGAACUUUGUUAACAGCUUGGCCAAACAAAUGGAAUCAAAACUUACAAAAUCUAGAGAGAUCAAUGUCAUGAGAAAAGAAAAGCUUGCCUCAUCCAAAAAUCAGAGAACACUCUUCCAAUGUUGUGUCAAUGUUUAUAAUAAAGUGACAGCUAGUACUUCGCAGAGUGAGACAUUACAUUCUGACAGCGAUGAAAGUGACUGAAUCGAUUGAAAUUAUUGCUGACAGUAUACAUUAAUAAUUACUUAAACCAUUAAACUUCUAUGUGAUGUAUUUGGUUUCGUCCCCCCCCCCUUUUUUUCCUACAAAAUGUA